CUACUGGAAACAAUAACAACAACAACGCGGGUUGAACGAAGUUGACAGGAUGCCGUCCAGCGAGAAGAGAGGAACUGGCCCUCUAGCUGUUAUAUAUUUGACAGCUUACAAUGUCGCACAAACACUCGGCUGGUCUGCUUUGAUGCUGUCCAUUAGUUCCAACCUUUUGACCAGAGGUUACCAGACACUCUAUGAGGAAAACGAGAUGUUACUGAAGGCUUUUCAGACGGCUGCCAUCUUGGAGGUUGUCCACUGUGCUAUAGGCAUUGUCCGGUCCAAUGUGUUGCUAACGGCUGUCCAGGUGGCCUCCCGAGUGUUUCUGGUGUGGGGAAUAGUCCAUACUGUACCACAGACACAGACUAACUUUGGUGUGUUGAUGUUGUUGUUGGCAUGGACAGUCACGGAGAUAAUUCGGUACUCUUUCUACACAUUCCAGCUUGUUGGUCAUGUUCCAUAUGUUAUCAAGUGGAUGAGAUACACAUUCUUUAUUGUACUCUACCCUCUAGGAGUUACGGGGGAGCUGUUGUGUAUCUAUUCCGCUCUCCCUAUAGUGAAGAGUUCCGGUAUCUACUCCAUCAGUCUUCCCAAUAGAGCCAACAUGUCCUUCAACUACUUCUACUUCCUUAUUGCAAUAAUGCUAUCUUAUAUACCAAUAUUUCCUCAGCUGUAUUUCCAUAUGAUACAUCAGAGGAAGAAAAUGCUGGGUGAACCAGAGGAAAAGAAAAGGCAAUGAUUUGGUUGGCUAAUUCUGUUUGCAGCCAAUUAAUUUUCAACCAAUGAACAGUAGCAUUUAAAAUCCAGAGAUUGACACUAGAUAUAACAGGACAAGACACAGUCCAUUGUCAAAGAUUUCUGACAUCAUGUCAGUUUAACUGAAGGGAUCGGUUCCAUGCCAUAAAAACUACGAGAUUUUUUGAAGAGAGAGGGAGAAAAAAAUUCUGCUCUCUCAUGAAUUCAGAUGGUCAAUGUCGAUGCCAUACAUUUCGCAGCUUGUGGUUUCUCUUGUCUUAAAAUGAAAAGGAGUCUCAAAUCAUGGUUACCCCACUACCAUUUUCCCUGUGCUACAAAAGUGGGGUAAUCAUCGUAGAGAUUGUGUUAUUCAUGUUAUUCUUGUUUGUAUGGAUAAAACAACACAAAUUGAAGCUGUUUUAUGGGCAGAAUAGACCUUAUUUUCAAUGUCAGAGUAGCGUAUAAAAAUAAAACUUGAAAAUUAUCUAAUUUUUUGAAAAUGUGGACUAUUCUAACAAUUUUGCCUGUUGAGUAUAUUAACCUGACCAGAGUACGACGUUAAACCCCAAGCACUAACGUGACCAGAAAGCUUUGAAAAACGGGAAAAUCAUAAAACAACAUCAACAUCUGACAAAAUCUAAUGUCGUCUUACAUGAAGUUUAUGGGAGAUCACUUCCCCUUAUGUUACAUGCACAUGCGACUGUGGGUUGGAAAUGCGAAGGUCGUGUUAAAGUUGUCAGAUACUUUACGUGGGAAGUUCUGCAAGCAACCUGUGGAUCGUCGUGGGUUUCCAUCGGGCUGCACCCCUGGCUGUGGUCAUAUCAGUUAAAUAGUGCGACAUAAAAUACCAAUCAAAUAAAUAAAUAAAUGGCCAGAUGCUCUCCUUAAACUUGUUGUUUACUCUGGUUUACUAAGCUAGUUAAACAAACUGUUGGAAACUGUGUGUGUGAGCAUCAUCAGUCAAUGGGUCAAUUAUAAGCUUUAAUACCGUGCCUCGCCUAAAGUUUAGGGUGUUCCAAGUGUGGCAUUUUGCUCCUUCACCUUACAGUGAAAUUCAAAGAAUUUUUUGUGACACUGGAUUAAUUUAUUAUCAGAAAAACUUUCUUGUCAUCAAAAGGAUCAUUUUAAUGUUUAUAUGUGCUUGUGAAAGUGCAUUUUUACAUACCAAACUUUAGGUGAAAUACAGCUAUUCAUGUUUACGGUUUCCACAGUUAUGGUGGCACAUUAUUGUGAAAUCCCCAGAAAACAACGAUACUACAAUGUAAUUUUGGGCCUGUUGCCAAACUCCUCACAUUGGGAACACCGUGUAUAUUACUGGUGAAUGCCGCCUCUUUUUUAUAUGUUGUGAAUGAAUGUGCCCAUACACCAUCUAUAUGUAGAUAUAAUAUGAACAUCUUGGCCAGAUGAUGCAUUUAAUCACAGAUAAAAUGUACGUUUCAUGUAUGUAUCUUGCAGUGAAAAUUCAUAAUUUGACUGAGAUCUAUUUCAUAAGCGGUCGGAAUCAGCAUUUCAGGAGUCCCGAGGGUUCACGCAGAAAUGGACGAAACAGGGUGGGGACUUGCUCAAACUUACACAGCUAAAAGGCGAGAUUUUACAGUAGUUGCUGAACUGAAUAUAAAUUCCGCAUAGCGCGAUCAGUCGGACCAACGCCGCUGUUAACAGCUAUCUUAAAUUUACCUCUUUUAGCCGCAUUCGCUCACAAAAGCCCCCCCC